UAAGACAGAAUACGAAGAGAACGCGUGUUUAGUUUACGAGAAUCGAUCCAUUCAGCUACCACCCUGAUCCCUCGCUUCCAUUCACCAUUUUUCUUUAUACAUCUCGUGUUGCUUUCGAAAGAAGAUUAAAAGAUCCCCGAAUUAUCGAAAAUUAAAAGAAAGAAACAAAUUGAUUAAAAGAACAGUGAAUCGGUGUACCGGAACGGUUGAUAAAACUUACAAAGUGUAUUCGUCGACAAAUUAAAAAGGGACCAUCGACUGUUGGAUAUUUAAAAUAGAAUUUCUAAGUUGCACCUUAACGUUCGAAGUUGGUGGAAAAAUUUAGAAAUAUUUCAAAACACGUACAACGUCCAGGACCGAUUAAAAAUCUACCAGGGGACCUCGAUCGAGGUCGAAGUUCUCCGGAAUGUUACAACAACGAGGGAUACUCUGUGUGGUGAUAUUUGCACUGUUCUCUGGAGAACUCGUGUCCUCUGACAAGGAGCAAAACAAUCCUGUGCCGAAUGAGCCGAACUUCGAGAUACCCGAGUACAUAUUACCGUGCAGUAGGUCAGAUCCGAAGAUAGACGUAUGCUUUCAGAAAACUUUGAACCAUCUGCAGCCGUAUUUACUUAAGGGUAUUCCUGAUCUGGAUUUACCUCCGAUCGAACCACUGAUCAUCCCGGAAUUAGGAAUGGAGAACGGCCAAGGAGCCGUUCGUAUUAAAGCGCUGUUCUCUAACAUCACUGUCAUAGGAGCGGGAAAUUAUACAAUUUCGAAAACACGAAUCGACAUACAGACAUAUAGGCUUGAUCUUCAUUUGGCAUUCCCAAAGAUCGAACUCGAAGGCCGCUACGAAGUGGUAGGAAACGUGCUGCUCUUCCCAAUUCAAAGUCAUGGGGAAUUUUGGGCGCUUUUUGGCGACGUUCAAGCCAUCGCUCGUGUCCAAGGAGCAGAGGUGAUCCGCGAUGGGAUUCGUUACUUGGAAGUGGCACGAAUGCUGAUCGAUUUCAGCCUGGGUCGAGCACGAUUCCGCGUGGUCGAUCAGUUAAACGGUGACAACGUGAUCGGUCAGGCGAUGAAUCAGUUCCUGAACCAGAACGCGAAGGAAAUCAUCGAAGAAAUGAGACCAGCCGCCAGUGCCAGCAUCGCCAAACACUUUAAGAAUUUCCUUGGCAAAGCCUUAACCAAGAUCCCGUUGAAAGUUUGGCUUCGUGACACGUAGUUUCUUCAGAUCGUUCCUUUCUAUGAACGUUAUCGAAGAAAGUCGCGCUUUUUCCUUAUUUUCAAGCGCGAUUUGAACGUGGAACAGACGAACCGUGUUGCACGUGAAACAGAAGAAUGAUUGAAAAUCGAAGAUGGAUUUCGCUGGACUAAAUUCGUAUGUAUCGUGCAUUUCUGUGCAUUUUAUCGUCGAUGGUAGGUAAAGAAGAUUAAUAGAGAGAAAUUUUUUGUAGGAAUUAUCGAGUUGCGAAUACUGUUGUUGUUCGGUUAGUGUUAGGGUGGAACUUUGAUUGCUUGAACCGUAGUUGAAGGAUAAUUUAUUCCAAAUGCAUCGUAGUGUAUAGAAUACAGAAGAAAUUUACAAGUCAUCGUCGUAAUUUUGAUUCGUUUAUUUUGAUCAGUUUAAUAUUCUCAUUACCGUUUACUUUCCUUUAUUUUUCUUUUUUUUUUUCGAAGUUUUAAGUAUUUUUUCAGGUACUUUCAACCUUUUAUCGCUUUUUCGUGAAAUUUUUUAAUUUUCUGUUCAAACAAUCUUUGUCACACCGUAUUACUUUCUGCUGCUUUUAACAAGGAAGUAAACUUAUAGCGUAAUAUACUUAUCGUUAAUUUCAAUAUGCAAUGAUCUCUCGCUUAACUUUUGCGUUGUCUUAUUUCCUGCUUUAUAUAGAGAAAGGAAAAUAAAUGAACUUUAUCAGCGUGUUUGGAUCAAUAAUUUAUCACGCGACUGACUAAGACAUUGUAGAUAAGUUGUCAAAGACGAGUCACGAGAUUUCAAGAUAGUUCAAUUUUCUGUGUACAUUGUAUAAUAAUAGCUGCCGGUUUUCUGACAGUUUCUUGUUUACAAAGCUAUAUUAUGAAAAUAAGUUGACUGUAUUCGUCGCGUCUUAGUUAUAUGAAAAUAUUUGUAAAUCUUAUAUUUUCAUCGUGACUGUCGCGUUUACGUUUAUGGAAUAUAUUAUACUUGGUUUAUAUACACGUUAAUACAUCCUACGAACGAAAUUUCUUCUAGAGUUUCAAUACACUAGCUAACCAGAAUUUCCUUUCCGUACGUUCCACAAAUCGAUCGAGAGGGUAAUUUUUGAUCGAACGACCAAUCAAAUGUUCAUAAUAAUAAUCAUCUCCAAACUUCUUCUAUAGGUUCGUACACCAAUCAAUCAUAUUCAUUUUCUAAAAAUUUCUUAAAUUAAUAAGACAACAAGUUUCUCCGCGUAUCGCACUUACAUCAAGAAAUCAAGACAAAAAUCGUCAAAGGCUUCGCUAAUUCCAUUUCCUCUAUCCGUACGUUUAACUAGUAUUUUGUUACAAAAAAUAAUGAAUCAUCGUUGUCGUCGCUGUAUCACAUAAAUCAUAUUCCCUUAGAAUUCUCGCAAAUCUUCGAUAAAAAAAAGAAAAGCUAAAAAACUCCCUUAUUGCGUCCACGAAUGAUCGCCUAAGAAAAAAGGAAGAAAAUUCCUUCGUACGUCGACCAACGAUCUAUUAGCACGAUCAUGAAGCAAUUGAAACAAGAAACGAAACGUAGAGGUUGUUUAAUAUUGGCUGAUAAUGAAAAUUAGAAUCGUGGUAGGCUGGUAGAAUGCGUAUCGUUCGACCUCUGACCCUGCUUCGUUCUCCCUCUUUGUCUCUUCUGUUGCUUGCCAAAGAUUGUCUUGUUGAAAAGUAACUGGUUCCUUGGAUAGUCGAGUCACAAGCGUUUCGAGAUCAAACCGGGAACAAACUGUUAUACGUUCGCGUACUCUCGUCGUUUGCAACGACAAAUCGGUGAUAAGGGUGGGCCGAACGAUCAACGGUCAGUCGAAGACCGAUCGAUUCCAACGUUGGUGGUUGCUGAUGCAACGCGACGAACACGAUUUGUAACGCGCGAAUCGUCGAGACAGAGGAUCGUGAAAGCCGUUGGUGUUGUCUUUCGAAGGAAGUUGUUGGGAAAGGAAGGCAAAGAUGAUGGCUCAAUUCACCAAGAGGCAAUGGCUCACACUGAUCGUCAUCAGCAUCGCCGAUUUCGCGAACGCGAUCUGUGUAUCGCUACAGGCGCCGUUCUAUCCGCAGGAGGUGAGUAAAAAGACAGUAGGAAAUCGAGGGAAUUUCUACUUUCGUUCGAGUGGAACACGCGUGAACACAAAUGUUGACCAUUGUAGUUUAGUAUUGUUUGUAAACAAUUUGUUUGAACGCCAUUUUUAAGUAAAUCAAACGCAUUCGUGAGUCAAAGUCAACCUUGUUGACCUUAUUAUCAGCGAACGAAUUGAAAAUAAUUGUUCUUUCGAGUUAGCAAUUAGUUUCUUCUUACAAAAUGUUAUUCCUAACCUUUUUUCAAUUUGUAUCGUUAUCGUUAAUUGAUAGAACAAAUAAUGAAACAUUGUAGCGUAGAGUUAUUGAAAUUAUAUUGCGUUUACGAGGUUACUCGAGUUUGUGCAAGAUAUUAAAUUACGAUCAAUGAGUCCUGGCGAAACGAUAACACCACGAUCACGUUCGAUGCUAUUCGUGGAAGGAAGAAUGCUGUGAUAAAUGAAAAUUAUCAUUACAACGAUGGAAUGUAAAUUCGUUCAACUUGUUGAGGAGCAACCUAAAACUCCCUAAAAUGUUUCGCCGCUAUCGAAUCUGUUUUAUCAAACUGUGUCGACAGAGGCGUAUCGGAUAGUGGAGAAACACAUUUGAAAAUAUGCGUCAAGAAAACGCUGUAAAGAUGAGAACAAGGAAAAGAAAUUUUGCAUACGUUGAUAAGUUGUUUUGUGAUCGAAAGAACGUUUUCCAUAAUAAUCACCGCUUAUCGAUCCGUCUGGCUAAGGGUUAAAUAUCGUUGCUCGAGUACGAGUUAUCAAUUUACGUGGUUCAUUAAGAAACAUAAUCGCUAUCCACGCGACGCUUGCUGAAAAAUCUACAAUAAUUCUGCACACAAGAAUCACGUUGUCGCGAAACAUUCAGGGACAUAGUGCAAAAAAAAAAAAAAUGAAAAAUA